CGGCCCCAAGAAAGAGGAUCAGCUCAGCUCAUUUUUUUUUCUGUUCAGCAAUUACAUCUCAACAAAUUUUAUAUCGUUCAUAGGAGGAAUAUAUUAAGAUCUCUACCAUGUUGCAUGAACUUUAACAGUCGGUUUCUGGUUUUCGAAGAGGAUUCUUAUUUUUGUGGAAAAGGGAAAGUUUUCCCCAGACCAUGCCGACUACUAACUCACAUAGGAGGCUAUCUUGCCAAUGGAUUCAUUUAAGUUACAUCAUACUCACUAUCUUUUCAGUUCAAAGGAUUUCACAGGCAUGUGAAGUCCUACUAGCACCUGAUAAUGGCUCUCUUUCUGCUGAGGAAGGAUUCGGAGAAGGGGCUACUGUAACGUUUAGUUGUAACGAAGGUUACAGUCUGAUUGGGUCACCGUCUACUACGUGUAACAACGAUGAGUAUUCAAGACCCGUUCCAUCAUGUGUUCUUGAUUGCAGUGAUCCCGGAUCUCCUAUGGACGGGUCCCAAGAAGGGACUCCGACAUACCAGGCUUAUACAACGGUUUCAUUCGUUUGUGAUACCGGGUUUGGGCUGGUAGGGGCACCGACUAUAACAUGCGAUGGCGGGACGUGGACUCUACCAGUGCCGGAAUGUGUUGCCAACUGUGCUGACCCGGGGGUACCAUCUUCAGGUAGACAGGUAGGGAAUCCAACUUAUCUCCAAGGUACUACUGUAUCAUUUGAGUGUGAAGAGGGUUUUACUCUGAUUGGUGCUUCUGUUAUCUCCUGUGAGGAUGGCCAAUGGGAUCGAGAAAUACCAGUAUGUGCAGCCGACUGUUCUGAUCCUGGAACUCCUGCUGACGGAAACCAAUCUGGUUCCUAUGGUAACGGAGAUACGGUGACGUUCACCUGCGAUGAUACAUUCACCCUGGUAGGAGCUAGUAUCAUCAGUUGUGUGGAAGGAGUCUGGAGUGACGAAGUGCCCCUUUGCUACGCUCAAUGUGGAGAUCCUGGAGCAUUCGAGAAUGGACUCAAGUCGGGAGGUGUGGAGUAUGGAGACACACUCACCUAUACCUGCAACGGAGGAUAUACACUGGUUGGAGCGUCGGAAUUAACAUGUACAAACAGUGGUUGGGACACCGAGGCACCCAUAUGUUAUCAAAGCUGCACAGACCCCGGGACUCCUUUGUUUGGCAGUCAGUCAGGGACGUAUGAACAUGGUGAUGUGGUGGAGUUCGCAUGUGAUAGUGGAUAUACCCUCAUUGGUGCAUCACAGAUUACGUGUGAAGAUGGAAUAUUUUCAGCAGAAGCUCCAAUCUGCCAAGCCGACUGUUCGGACCCCGGGACCCCUGAAAACGGAGCUCAAUCUGGUACCUACAGCAACGGCGAUAUAGUGACUUUCACGUGUGACGCCACCUAUACGCUCGUAGGAGCCAGUAUCAUCACUUGUCUUGGAGGUCCUUGGAGUAAUAACGUACCAGAAUGCAUUGCGGCUUGUGGCGACCCUGGGACCAUCGAGGACGGGACUAAGUCAGGUGGAGUGGAGUAUGGCGACACACUCAUCUAUCUUUGCAAUGAUGGAUUCACCCUGGUGGGAGCUUCUGAGUUAACAUGUACAAGCAAUGGAUGGGAUGCCGAACCACCAGUCUGUUACAGUAAUUGUGAAGACCCUGGUACUCCACAGUUUGGGAGUCAAUCUGGAACCUUUGACCAUGGCGACGUUGUAACCUUCGAAUGCAACCAGGGUUAUACAUUGAUCGGUGCAUCUCAGAUUACUUGUGAUGAUGGAUCAUACAAUGCAAACAUUCCUGAAUGUGAAGGUGGUGCCUCUGUUUCAACUGAUUCUCCUGCUGGUACAACACAAGGAUCAAAAGAAACAACCGUUGCUACAUUUACAACUGGAGAAGCUGCGAUAACCACUGAACCUACUAGCAAAGUGACAAGAGUCAAAGGAACCACAAAUGAAAUAACUCGUGGUGCAGCUACAACUAAUGAAGCGAUUGUGACCAGUAAAGGAACCACAAUGAAAGAUAGUCCUGCAACAACAAAGCAAAUGACGACGGAAUUAAGGGAAACAACACUAGGUGUGGACGUCGACACGACAAGGCCCGAUUCGUCGACAAGGCCAACAACAUUUUUUUCCUCAAGGCAGCCGUCGGAAUCGACGUCUGUCCCCAAAACAACCCUCGCAGGAGCUCCCACGACAGAAGCUGGGGUUACUACAGCUUCAACGACUUACACUGCAAGAACAGAGAGAGAAACGACGCCAUUAAUCGACACCGAAACCACUAGACAAGAAACAUCCACCAGGUCACCUCGAACAACCAAUUCAAGAGCUUCCACCAGACCUCUGCCCGAAGGAACUACUCGCGACUACACUACAAUAAACAUUUUAACAUCGUCCCAGUUGAUAACUACUGAUGACUCAUCACCAGAACCACCGACAAGGCCACGUCCUAUUUGUCCAGCAAUCUUGGCCCCAAAUCAUGGAUCUUACAGACGAUAUGAUUGGUAUCACCGCGGGGAGAAGGUUUUGUUCAUGUGUAAUCCAAACUACGCAUUAGUCGGUCCAAAAUGGAUCAUCUGUGUUGAUGGAGAAUGGAGUGGCCCUGUACCUGAAUGUAAAAUUACAUGUGGACGGUAUCCGCCUCCCCCAAGGCAUGGCUAUGUCCUUCCCCCUGAUAGACACAUUCCAUCCCACCCUUCAUACUGGACACCUCGACCAGGAUUCGAAGAAAUGGUGUCCGUCACAAGAGCUAUGUUUCCUGGCGGUAUGAGAAGAAACGAAACGCUAGGAGAAAUAUUCGAUGAAACCGGAGAAGUCGAUGAUGUACCAGGUCGCCUUGGAGCCUUAAACUUUCCAAACAUUGGAAUUGGAAACCCAUUUGCAGGUGACGACGAAGAAUCGGCCUCAGCCUCUCCAGGUGCAACAAGAAAUUCUGAUAAUGGAGGCUGGGGGAUACCAAUCGAAAUAAUUGAUUUGCCUGAUCUAGAAAUACCAUUCAUCGGCGGUGGAGAUAUCCCUGGCGAUAUGGUGACCAUUUCUCCAGGAUUUACCUUACCCACCGUUACCUGGGAAGGUGCUUACGCAGGUGAUUCAUCGAACAUGUUCCCAAAUUUCGGAAAUUUCCAGGCUACUCAGGUUAUCCAACAAAUAAUUGAUAUUGCAAUGGAAGUAGAUUGGCGGGUUAUUGAUUCUGAAUCUUUUGUCAUCCGUAUUUUACGUGAAUUAUUCAAGAUAUUCAGUGACUUAUUAUUGACAACUGACUGGGUAAAUGGUGAUCUAUCGACUAUCAAAUGGCAGAACACGAACAUGUCGACCUUGCCCUUGCCGCCCAUGUUGCGAGACGGUUUAAGUUUGAUACUCUCAACCGAUUGGCAGAACUAUGAUUGGACAUCAAUUGAUUUCACUGAACUUGCUUUCUUUGACUUCAUAAAAGAAAUCAUGUAUGUCAUAACAGAUACUGAUUGGUCCAUGGUUACAGAUAUCCCAGGCGUCAUUGCGUCUAUUCAACGUCCAGACUUUGAUAUGGGUGAUCUAUCUGGUAUUGACCUCUCUCGCAUCAAUACAACACGCCUUUCAAUAAAUGUAGACGUUCUUCGGCUCUUAGGAAACGAGUUUCUGAAUGGUGGUAACUUAUCAGCUGCUGACUGGGAAGCCAUAGUUGCAAGUAUAAACUCGAAUCUUCCCACAGGAUUUCCAUUAUUACGAUUGGAGUUAAGAGAAAGAUCAUUACCAUAUAUAGAUUGGAGUACAAUGAACACCACUGCCAUUAACUUAAAUGAUAUGAACUGGUUCAAUGUGUCAUUGAUUCCUAGAUUCAUCAGGGACCUCUCCGUUCUCUUAUUAACAACAGAUAUGGAAGAUAUAACAGCGGACCAUAUUUUACCUAUGUUACCCAUUCCACUUAAUAUAAGAGAAAUGAUCACAGUUAUGAUGAAUUUCAACUGGAACCGGCUAAACCUAACCGGAUUAAAUGACAUGCCCGUACCCUCAUCAGCAUAUGAAAUGAUUACUCUGGUAACUCGUCUUUUGCGUCAAAAUCCAAUCGAAUUGAAUCUUUUCCGAAACUACACCGGUAUGGACUUGGCAAACAUGUACAACAUGAAUUUGACAGAUAUGCCCGUAAUAAAUGCUCUGCGUCCAUUCUUGUCAAGCUUUGGCGAUGUUAAACUUACUAAUAUUACUAAUGUCCAGUUACUUCGACCCUAUUUAAACAUUCUGCUUAACACGGACUGGAGUAGCUUUGACAGGAAUAACACCGAUUUUAGAAAUAUGAGUUUGCCCGAUACCAUCCAAAACGCUCUAGAGUAUAUGCUUUCAUAUAAUUGGGAUAACGUUAAAACAACGGUUCUUGAAAGUAUGAUGCCAGCAUCUAUUCAACACAUUCUUUUGAUUUCAAGAAAGUUAGGCAUGACAAAUAUAGAAACAAUUGAACUUGUGCUACCUCUAUUGCCAUGUCCAGACUAUGUGAAGGACUGGAUGGAGAUCGCAAUUCACUUCAACAUGCAAGGCCUCGAUAUUAAAGGAAUCAAUAUGACCACCCUUCUCCCAGACGAAUGGAGGGAAUAUUUGAUAAUUCUUAUGAAUACAGACUUUGAAAGCAUCAGCUUUAGCAAUGUUACUGAUUUGCUUCUCCUCUCAGAGGUCCGGGAAUUUCUCCACUUUCUAAAUGCCACAGAUUGGUCAACUAUGGAUAUGGACAAUAUAGUUUCGUUGGUGAUGAACAUGGAUUGGGAGCUUCCUGAUACUUUUAAUCAAUCGAUGCUGCAAAAUCUUGAAGAAAUGUUUCUAAUGUUCGGACACAUUGAUUGGGAGAGCUUCGAUUGGACAAUCGAGAACAUAACAAAUCUUCCAAUCCCUGAUACUAUCAGUCGAUUUCUCAUUAUACUAAUGCAGACAGACUGGGAGAAUUUCAACUGGGAUCAGAUUGACCUAACUUCUCUUUCAAUCCCAUAUGAGAUCAAAAGUGUAAUAUUUGCUAUAACUAACACGCCAUGGGAUGCUGUUGAUUGGACUCGAAUGUUGAACAAUUUACCUAUUCCUCAGGGUAACAAGGAUUUCAUUCUGAUGUUGAUGGAUGUCGAAGUCCAAAAUAUUAUCUCCGAUUUUUUAAGUCAACUUACGAUGGUGGAAUGGAUAAAUCCUAUGCCUGACAUCGAAAUGGAAAAUAUAGACUGGGCAAUGAUACUCGAUGUUCUAAAUCUGCCAAUAUCAGAGGAUGUGCACAAUUUGUUGCUACUCAUAUUGACCUCGAACAGAGAGAAUUGGGAUACAUCUACGUUAUCUGAUCAACUUUACGAAUUUAUGUACUUCCUGGAAAGUAUAUAUUGGGAAAACUUCGACUUCAUGCAAGCGAUUGACCUCAUGAACCUUCCCUUACCUGAUCAGAUCAGAAGCAUGGUCAUGAUGACGGAACAGAUCGACUGGGAGAGCUUUGACUGGAUGAACAUGGACUUUACAGUAAUAAGAGAGCUUCUAGAAGGAUUCAUGGGUAUGGAAAAUAUUGAAUGGUCUGAUGUCAUAGAUCUUUCUGGUUUACCAAUAUCUGAUCAAUUGCGAAUGUAUCUGGAAAUGAUGAUGUCAUUGGACUGGGGAAGUGUUGAAUGGACUGAUGUCAUUGACCUCUCAGGUCUUCCAGAACCUAUUAGAUCAUUGUUGCACAGAAUGAUGAGCAUGGAUUGGGAGAACGUUGAUAUGACUGAUUUCCCUAUGCCAGACCAGUUAAGAGAGUACGUAAUGGUGAUAACGCGAAUGGAUUGGGAGAAUUUUGACUGGACCCAGGUUAUCGACUUGUCUGGACUUCCUAUCCCAGAUCAAAUGAAAUUGUUCCUUCAAAUACUCACGAAUAUUGACUGGGGUAACAUGAGUUGGGAACAAGUGGAUCUAUCAAUGGUACCUAUGGCUGAUCAAGUAAGAGAGUUUCUCAAUUUGGUGAAUGGCCUUGACUGGCAAACCACUGACUGGACACAAAUAAUCGACCUGACAGGUCUUCCGAUUUCAGACCAAACUAAAAUGUUCAUCCAGGAGCUGAUGAGAGUGGAUUGGGAAAACCCAAACUGGAGUGAAAUGGACUUCUCUAGACUACCUUUGUCUGAAGAUAUGAGAAGUAUGCUUCAUAUGAUGUUGACCACGGAUUGGAAUAACGUUGAAUGGACUAAAAUUAUUGACCUUUCUGGCCUACCCAUCUCUGAUCAAAUGAAGCUUGCCAUCCAAUGGAUGAUGAGAAUGGACUGGGGCAACACCAAUUGGAUGAACGUCCAGAGUAUGAUGGAGCAUUUCAUGGCUUUCGUUCACAGAGUAGAAUUCAUUAUUUCUGACUUACUUCCUCGUCCAUUUUAUGUCAUGUAUAACAAGAUAUUGGAGUUUUUUAUUCGGUUCGACUUACCUUUUUUACCUGACUUACCACGCCCCUGGCCUCCUCCACUUGCUGGUGAUAGCAUUACGUACGUCUGCAAGAGAGGCUUUGAGCUGAUUGGAACAUCGACACUUACCUGUAGGAGUGAUGGUUCAUGGAAUAGUUUGCCUCCUCAAUGCCAAAGAAUAAGACCAACAGAAUCCCCUCGUCCCACCGAACAGCAAAAAUCAACCGAUGGGCCUAGUCCAACUGAAACACCUCAGCCUUCGGAACCUGCAAGAACCACGCUUGAAACCACGACAGAGUCUGAAGAAACGACUCAGAAAGAUGCAACAUCUCUACAGUCUCAAACAACUGAGGAAUCCACAACAGAAAGAUAUCAAGGAACUACCAGUGUCGAUGAAAUGACUACUCCACGAUCGGAUCUGCAGACAUCGGAGGCAUUAACAAGCAUGGUGGUUACAACUGAAGAACCUUCGCCUUUCCCAACAACACCUUCAGAUCCGUGUUUGUUGAAUCCUUGUCUUUCAGAUGUCAACACAGAUUGUAUUUCUUUUGGUAAUGCAUAUCAAUGUCAGUGUCAAUCAGGAUACACGAGGGAUUCAAACAAUACUUGCACAUCAACUCAGCAGUUUGCAGCUGUGAUUCGAAUCACUGAGGUAAAUGGUGGAACUGCUUCAUUUACAGAGGAUCUGGAGGACAAAACAUCCUCAGCAUUCCAGACUCUGGCUGCUGAUGUAGAAAAUACGCUUGAUAUUAUAUACCUGAUGAGCUCUCUUUCGGAUUCGUAUCUUGGAGCAACUGUCAAUGGUUUCUCCAAUGGCUCCAUUGUUGUGGAUUACACAAUUAAAUUCAGGGAAGAGGAAAGAACUGAACCAACGAAUACAACCGCCAAUACAACGAGGCCGACGAUAGAUUCAACAUCCGUUGUCGCAGCAUUCAAACAAUCUUUGGAGAUGGUUGUGGAUAUGGGUACUGUCAAUGUCAGCAUCGAUGAGUCAUCUAUCAUGAUUUCCGAUCUGGAUGAAUGUAUGUCAAGCGAGGACAAUGACUGUGAUGACAACGCUUUCUGCAUCAACAGCGAGGGAUCGUUCACUUGUCGGUGCCGUGAAGGAUUCAUCGAUAUAUCAUUAAACAUCCUUGAUCGACCUGGUAGAAGAUGUGCUCUACCAAUGACAACACCCACAAUGCCCCCACAACCUCCAAACCCAUGUUCGAGAAAUCCAUGUGCAUAUGCACGGGCUGACUGCAUCGUUGUUGGUAGAUCUUUCAAGUGUGUGUGCCGACAUGGAUCGGCUUUCAAUCCGGAUGGUAUCUGCGAAUUAACCUGUGGACCUUUUCCAUAUCCACCACGAAAUGGGUACGUCAUCUUUGACGAUAAUUACCCCCCAGCAAUGGGAACUCAAAUGACGCCUGAUGGAAUGGAAGGAAACGGCUCUACAUCUGCCUGGGAAUGGCCUACCACGAGAGACACUUUCGGUUAUGAAUUCACCACAGCUUCUGACAUUUUUUGGAGGGACGAAAUCGAUGAUUCCGGAAACUUUGGCGAUGCAGCGUCGCGUAUUGAAAGCCUGAAUUUUCCGAACCUUGGGGUCGGAAACCCAUUUGAAGAAACCACCACCUCGAAUAGAGAGCCGGCAGAUUCGGGAAAAGAUGGUUUAUUUGGUGACCUUCCAAAUAUCGAGAUUCCUAAUGUGGACAUACCUGACCUACCCGGUGUAGGUAACCUAAACUCUGGAGCAUCACAAGUUAUACAACAAUUAUUCGACAUAGUAAUGGUUAUGGAUUGGCAGAACAUUGAUCUGUGGUCCGUGGAAACUUUCCAAGUACUUCGUAGGAUAUUCGAAGCAGUUCUUGAACUCAUCAGAAAUAUAGAUCUAGCCAGCAAUGAUAUUACGGACAUAAAUUGGAUGAAUAUGAAUUCAUCUGUGAUAUCUGAUAUGGUUCCAACUAUUGAUAACCGAACAACAAACCUAUUAACCAUCAUCAUAAGAGAAUCUAUUUCAAGUGCAAACCGGUCGUACGUAAAUUGGAAAGAAGUAGUUGAUGCAUUAAAUCUAUUUUUACCUCAAGGUCUCCCCAGAAUCCGAAUGUCAGCGAAUGGGAGACCUGAUUUCGUACUUGACUGGAGUACUUUUGAUAUGGCAUCAGUAUCGUUGCCCGAUAACUUCAUGCAGGCUAUCACCAUGGGAAUGGACUGGCAGAAUAUUAAUUGGGGUGAAAUAACUGCAACUCCAGAAUUCAUCAGAGAUCUGAUUCAUCUCUUCACAACAACACAAAUUGAAGAUAUAGGAGUCGAUGAUCUACUGCGUGUUACCCCCAUUCCAGAUGAAAUAAGAGACACGAUAACAAUGGUAAUGAGUUUUGAUUUGGACAGGCUUAAUAUGACAGGAAUAAAUGAUAUGCCUGUACCUUCCUCUGCAUCUGAAUUAAUCGUUAUAUUCACGCGCAUUUUGCGUCAGAAUCCAAUAGACUGGAAUAUCUUCCGUAGCUAUACUGGUCUGAACCUGAUGGACAUGUACAAUACGAAUAUGACAAUACCGAACGGAUUGCAUUAUUUUCUUUCAGACUGGAGAAACUUCAAUAUGACUGGCAAUUAUUAUGUUGAGGUCAUCCGACCCUAUCUCAACUUAAUUAUGAAUAUGGAUUGGGAGAGCUUUGAUUUGGAUAACAUUGAUUUGAGUCUGCCUACUUCUUUCAGAAUAUUAGAAUUAUUCAUUUCAACUGACUGGGAAAACUUUGAUACAACAGUUCUAGAAAGCAUGAUGCCAGCAUCAAUCCAAAACUUUCUUACUAUUGCAAGACACCUAGACAUGUCUGAAAUGGAAAUGAUUGAGGUUAUGCUGCCUCUGUUACCAAUACCAGAUUACUUGAAGAACUGGAUAGAGAUGGCAAUUAACUUCGACAUGCAAGAGCUCGAUGUAAACCGGAUGAAUAUGACAGCUCUUCUUCCGGAGGAAUGGAGGGAAUACAUGAUGAUGCUGAUGAAUAUGGAUUUGGAAAGUAUCCGUUUAAGAAAUAUUACAGAUUUUAUCAUUCCUUCAGAGAUUCGUGAGUUCCUUCUUUUCUUGAAUAUAGAAGAUUGGUCGACAAUGAAUAUGGAUCGAAUGUUCUCGUUGAUAAUGAAUAUAGAUUGGGGCCUUCCAGAUACGUUGGAUCUGUCAGUGCUACAAAAUGGCCGUGAAAUAUUCCAAACUCUAAGGCACAUUGACUGGGAUAACUUUUCCUGGACGAACGAGAACAUUACUAAUCUUCCAAUUCCUGCUCCUGCCCAGCAAUUUCUUAUGAUGAUGAUGGGAACAGAUUGGGAUAAUAUCAGCUGGGAUCAAAUUGAUCUAUCUGCUCUCUCAGUCCCAGAAGACAUCAGGGAUGCCUUAUUUACCAUGAUGAACAUGCGAUGGGAUGCUGUCAAUUGGACUGGCAUGGUGGAUACCUUUCCUGUUCCUCAAAGUAACAAGGACUUUAUUCUUAUGCUGAUGGAAGCCCAAACAAGGGAACAUGUCUUCGAGAUGUUCAACGAAUUAAUGAUGAUGGACUGGGAGAACUUUGACUGGAUGAGUGCUUUGACUAAUAUGGAAAUCCGAGAACUCAACUGGGAGAUGAUGAUAGAGUUUCUAAAUCUACCAAUUUCAGAUGAAUCGAAGAGUCUUUUAUUACUGAUGUUGACCUCCAGCAGGGAGAACUGGGAUACAACUAUGUUGCCCAAUCAAUUUUCUGAGUUCAUGUACUUCCUUGAAAGUAUAGAUUGGGAAAACUUCGACUUCAUGCAAACUAUUGACCUCAUAAACUUACCCUUACCUGAUCAGAUCGGAAGCAUGCUCAUGAUGAUGGAACAGAUCGACUGGGAGAGCUUUGACUGGAUGAACAUGGAUUUUACAGUAAUAAGAGAGCUUCUAGAAGGAUUCAUGGGUAUGGAAAAUAUUGAAUGGUCUGACGUCAUAGAUCUUUCUGGUUUGCCGAUAUCUGAACAAAUGCAAAUGUAUCUGGAGAUGCUUAUGUCACUGGGCCGGGAAAAUGUUGAAUGGACUGAUGUCAUUGACCUAUCAGGUCUUCCAGAACCUAUUACAUUAUUGUUACAAAGAAUGAUGAGCAUGGAUUGGGAGAACAUGGAUAUGACUGAUUUCCCUAUGCCAGACCAGUUAAGAGAGUACAUCAUGAUGAUAACCCGAAUGGAUUGGGAGAAUUUUGACAGGACCCAGUUUAUCGACUUGUCUGGACUUCCUAUCCCAGAUCAAAUGAAAUUGUUCCUUCAAACGCUCAUGAAUAUUGACUGGGGUAACAUGAGUUGGGAACAAGUGGAUCUAUCAAUGGUACCUAUGGCUAAUCAAGUAAGAGAGUUUCUCAAUGUGGUGAAUGGCCUUGACUGGCAAACCACUGACUGGACUCAAAUAAUCGACCUGACAGGUCUUCCGAUUUCAGACCAAACUAAAAUGUUCAUCCAGGAGCUGAUGAGAGUGGAUUGGGAAAACCCAAACUGGAGUGAAAUGGACUUCUCUAGACUACCUUUGUCUGAAGAAAUGAGAAGUAUGCUUCAUAUGAUGUUGACCACGGAUUGGAAUAACGUUGAAUGGACUAAAAUUAUUGACCUUUCUGGCCUACCCAUCUCUGAUCAAAUGAAGCUUGCCAUCCAAUGGAUGAUGAAAAUGGACUGGAGAAACACCAAUUGGAUGAAUAUGGAUAUGUCAGGUUUGCCAAUAUUACAGCAGAUUUUAGAUUUCAACAACCUAAUUAAUAGUAUGGAUUGGUCAAACUUUGAUUGGAGCAGCGUUUUAGACUUAUCUAAUCUUCCUGUUCCACAUGCAUUUGAGACUCUGAUUGAUAAAUUGACAGGAUUUUCUCAUGCAGUUGAUGUGUUAAUUCAUGAAGCGUUACAUGAUGUCCACUGGAAAAUCGUCAGCUUCCUGCAGUGGCUAGAUUGGCCGUUUCUCCCAGAAUUACCACGACAGACUCCUCUGGCGUUUGUAGGAGACACGGCCAAGUACGUAUGUAAAGAUGGCUUUAAACUGGUUGGAAUGCAUGUCUUGAGAUGCAGAGCUGACGGAUCCUUCAGUGGCAUGAGACCAAUGUGUAUCAGAAUAAGGCCAACCCCUCAUCCGACGGAAAGGCCAACCGAACGACCUCGUCCAACUGAUAGACCAAUGCCUUCUGAAUCUUCUAGGACUACUUCUUUCGAAUUAACAACAAUAGACGAAAGUACGACCCAAAGUUAUAGAGCUACAUCUGAAACUGCAACACCCACAAAACCUCUCUAUCCAUCGGAAAGUCCGACGCCAUCAGAAACUCCAGAGCCAACUCCCUUUGGAGCAACAACAGAAGCAAAAGAAGCGACUCAGAGAGCUACAUCUUUGCCUUCCCAAACAACCGAAGAAUCCACUACAGAAAAAGAGGAAGGGACUACCAUUGGUGACGAAGUGACCACUCCAAUAAUAGAUUUCCAGACGACUUCAGAUGGAGCAACCAUACUGGUUACAACAGAUGAAGCUUCGCCUGCUCCAACGACAUCCUCUAAUCCAUGUUCCUCGAAUCCUUGCUUGGCGGAUGUAAACACAAACUGUGUGUCUGUGGGUGAUACAUAUGGAUGUCAGUGCCAGGCAGGAUACACCAGGGAUGCGAACAAUACUUGUACCUCAACCCAGCAGUUUGCAGCUAUGAUCCGAAUCACCGAGGUUAAUGGUGGAACUGCUUCAUUUACAGAGGAUUUGGAGGACACAACGUCACCGGCCUUCCAAGCUCUAGCUGCUGACGUAGAAAGCACACUCGACAUGAUAUAUCUGAUGAGCUCCCUUUCGGAUUCGUAUCUUGGAGCAACUGUCAAUGGUUUCUCCAAUGGCUCCAUUGUUGUGGAUUACACAGUUAAAUUCAGGGAAGAGGAAAGAACCGAACCAACGAAUACAACAGCCAAUACAACGAGGCCGACGAUAGAUUCAUCAUCCGUUGUCGCAGCGUUCACAGAAUCGUUGAAGAUGGCUAUGGAAAUGGGUACUGUCAAUGUCAGCAUCGAUGAGUCAUCUGUUACGGUUAUUGAUCUCAAUGAAUGUGUUUCACGCGAAGACAAUGAUUGUGAUGACAAUGCUUACUGCAUCAACACCGAGGGAUCGUUCACUUGUCAGUGCCGUGAAGGUUUCAUCGAUAUAUCACUUAACAUCCGUGAUCGACCUGGCAAAAGAUGUGUUCUUCCCGUCACAACACCAACAAUGCCUCCUACUCCUCCUAACCCGUGUUCAAGAAAUCCAUGUGCCAAUGCCCGGGCUGAAUGCGUCGUCGUUGGUAGAUCUUUCAAGUGUGUAUGUCGACCAGGAUUUGUGUUCAAUCCCGAAGGAGUUUGUGAUUUGACCUGUGGUCCCUUUCCUCAUCCACCACGACAUGGAUACGCAAUCAUUGGGGACAAUCGCCCGCCUGGCAUGAGGCCUCUGACUACUCCUACUGGUGGAAGUGCUAGAAACGAGUCCACCCCUGGUUGGGAAUGGCCCGUCACUAGAGAUCUAUUCGGAGAUGACUUCACCACUGUUUCAAACCUCUGGAGGGGUGAAUUUGAGGAUGCUGCUAACAUCAGCGAUGCGGCAUCACGUAUUGAAAGUCUAAAUUUUCCAAACCUCGGGGUUGGAAACCCAUUUGAGGAGACCACCGAUUUACAGGGUGUGACUGCAGAUUGGGAAAAUGAUGGUAUCUUUUUUGAUAUACCAACUGUUGAUGUUCCGAACUCAAGAGCAACCCAUGUUGCUCAAUAUGUGAUCGAUAUAUUAAUGAACAUAGAUUGGCAGAACUAUGGUCUAGGAUCCCAGGAUAAUUUACAAGUAAUUCGCAGGGUAUUCGAGGCAGCUCUUGAACUAAUGAGAAACCUAGAGAAUGGUGAUUUCUCGAACAUAGAUUGGAAUAUGAAUACACCCGAUUUCACAGAUAUUAUUCCAAAUAUUGAUAAUCAGACAGUCAAUCUUAUUACUUCCAUCGGGAGACGAUUCCUAUCUAGUACGAACCAGUCAGAUGUGAACUUGGAAUCAUCAAUUGAUAUGUUGAAUUCAUUUCUGCCCCAAGGUCUGCCAAAAUUCCGGUUGUCAUUCAACGAGAAUGGAAGUUCCUACAUCAUGCUUGAUUGGAGUACAUUUGAUAUGACAAUACUUCCUCUUCCCGAUAAUUUUAGACAGACUAUCGCAAUGGUCAUAGAUUGGCGAAAUACUAACUGGGAUGACAUUACCACGAUGCCAGACAUCCUCAGGGAUUUGAUUCUUCUUCUCACAACAACUGAAAUUGAAGAUAUAAGAGUCGAUGAUCUACUGCGUGUUACCCCCAUUCCAGAUGAAAUAAGAGACACGAUAACAAUGGUAAUGAGUUUUGAUUUGGACAGGCUUAAUAUGACAGGAAUAAAUGAUAUGCCUGUACCUUCCUCUGCAUCUGAAUUAAUCGUUAUAUUCACGCGCAUUUUGCGUCAGAAUCCAAUAGACUGGAAUAUCUUCCGUAACUAUACUGGUCUGGACCUGAUGGACAUGUACAAUACGAAUAUGACAAUACCAAACGGAUUGCAUUAUUUUCUUUCAGACUGGAGAAACUUCAAUAUGACUGGCAAUUAUUAUGUUGAGGUCAUCCGACCCUAUCUCAACUUAAUUAUGAAUAUGGAUUGGGAGAGCUUUGAUUUGAAUAACAUCGAUUUGAGAAACAUGACUCUGCCUUCUUCCAGAUUAUUAGAAUUAUUCCUUUCAACUGACUGGGAAAACUUUGAUACAACAGUUCUAGAAAGCAUGAUGCCAGCAUCAAUCCAAAACUUUCUUACUAUUGCAAGACACCUAGACAUGUCUGAAAUGGAAAUGAUUGAGGUUAUGCUGCCUCUGUUACCAAUACCAGAUUACUUGAAGAAUUGGAUAGAGAUGGCAAUUAACUUCGACAUGCAAGAGCUCGAUGUAAACCGGAUGAAUAUGACAGCUCUUCUUCCGGAGGAAUGGAGGGAAUACAUGAUGAUGCUGAUGAAUAUGGAUUUGGAAAGUAUCCGUUUAAGAAAUAUUACAGAUUUUAUCAUUCCUUCAGAGAUUCGUGAGUUCCUUCUUUUCUUGAAUAUAGAAGAUUGGUCGACAAUGAAUAUGGAUCGAAUGUUCUCGUUGAUAAUGAAUAUAGAUUGGGGCCUUCCAGAUACGUUGGAUCUGUCAGUGCUACAAAAUGGCCGUGAAAUAUUCCAAACUCUAAGGCACAUUGACUGGGAUAACUUUUCCUGGACGAACGAGAACAUUACUAAUCUUCCAAUUCCUGCUCCUGCCCAGCAAUUUCUUAUGAUGAUGAUGGGAACAGAUUGGGAUAAUAUCAGCUGGGAUCAAAUUGAUCUAUCUGCUCUCUCAGUCCCAGAAGACAUCAGGGAUGCCUUAUUUACCAUGAUGAACAUGCGAUGGGAUGCUGUCAAUUGGACUGGCAUGGUGGAUACCUUUCCUGUUCCUCAAAGUAACAAGGACUUUAUUCUUAUGCUGAUGGAAGCCCAAACAAGGGAACAUGUCUUCGAGAUGUUCAACGAAUUAAUGAUGAUGGACUGGGAGAACUUUGACUGGAUGAGUGCUUUGACUAAUAUGGAAAUCCGAGAACUCAACUGGGAGAUGAUGAUAGAGUUUCUAAAUCUACCAAUUUCAGAUGAAUCGAAGAGUCUUUUAUUACUGAUGUUGACCUCCAGCAGGGAGAACUGGGAUACAACUAUGUUGCCCAAUCAAUUUUCUGAGUUCAUGUACUUCCUUGAAAGUAUAGAUUGGGAAACCUUCGACUUCAUUAAAGCGAUUGACCUCAUGAACAUUCCCUUACCUGAUCAGAUCAGAAGCAUGCUCAUGAUGAUGGAACAGAUCGACUGGGAGAGCUUUGACUGGAUGAACAUGGACUUUACAGUAAUAAGAGAGCUUCUAGGAGAAUUCAUGGGUAUGGAAAAUAUUGAAUGGUCUGACGUCAUAGAUCUUUCUGGUUUGCCGAUAUCUGAUCAAUUGCGAAUGUAUCUGGAAAUGAUUAUGUCAUUGGACUGGGGAAGUGUUGAAUGGACUGAUGUCAUUGACCUCUCAGGUCUUCCAGAACCUAUUAGAUCAUUGUUGCACAGAAUGAUGAGCAUGGAUUGGCAGAACGUUGAUAUGACUGAUUUCCCUAUGCCAGACCAGUUAAUAGAGUACAUCAUGAUGAUAACCCGAAUGGAUUGGGAGAAUUUUGACUGGACCCAGGUUAUCGACUUGUCUGGACUUCCUAUCCCAGAUCAAAUGAAAUUGUUCCUUCAAAUGCUAACGAAUAUUGACUGGGGUAACAUGAGUUGGGAACAAGUGGAUCUAUCAAUGGUACCUAUGGCUGAUCAAGUAAGAGAGUUUCUCAAAUUGGUGAUAGAACUUGACUGGCAAACCACUGACUGGACUCAAAUAAUCGACCUGACAGGUCUUCCGAUUUCAGACCAAACUAAAAUGUUCAUCCAGGAGCUGAUGAGAAUGGAUUGGGAAAACCCAAACUGGAGUGAAAUGGACUUCUCUAGACUACCUUUGUCUGAAGAAAUGAGAAGUAUGCUUCAUAUGAUGUUGACCACGGAUUGGAAUAACGUUGAAUGGACUCAAAUUAUUGACCUUUCUGGCCUACCCAUCUCUGAUCAAAUGAAGCUUGCCAUCCAAUGGAUGAUGAGAAUGGACUGGGGAAACGCCGAUUGGGUGAAUAUGGAUAUGUCAGGUUUGCCAAUAUUACAGCAGAUUAUAGAUUUCAAUAAACUAAUUAAUAGUAUGGAUUGGUCAAACUUUGAUUGGAGCAGCAGCUUAGACUUUUCUAAUCUUCCUAUCCCACCAGCAAUUAAGACUCUGAUAGAUAGAUUGAGUGGAUUUUCCCAUGCAGUUGAUGCAUUGAUAAACGAAAUCUACCGCGAAUCGUUCUGGAAACUCAUCAGCUUCCUGGAGUGGCUCGACUUGCCGUUCCUUCCAGAAUUACCGAAACGCAGACCUCUUGCGUUUGUAGGAGACACGGUGAAGUAUGUAUGUAAGGAUGGCUUUGAACUGAUUGGAAUACAUGUCUUGAGAUGCACAGCUGACGGGUCAUUCAGUGGAAUGCGACCAAUAUGUUUAAAAAUAAUGCCGACGAGGCCUCCUCGUCCACCACGUCCUACUAUUAGACCAAGGCCCACCUUUCCAACAUUGGAACAGACAACUGGAAUUGAUAUAACUACAUUUGAUAUGAUGAUAUCUACCACUGAGGAGCCUAGAACGCCAGGAGAUCCUUGUGCUUCCCGCCCCUGCGCCUGGGACCCCAACACCAUCUGCGUCACGAAGGAUGACAGUUUCUUGUGCCUAUGUCAGGCGGGAUAUUCCAGGAACUCUGAUGACAUCUGCAUAUUAAUCCAGCAAUAUGUUGGGAUGAUUCGUAUCACUAACAUGAAAGGGAAACCAGUAUUAUUCACAGAUGAUCUACAGGAUAGAGAUUCAUUUGCGUUCCGGGCUCUAGCUAUGGACGUAGAAAACUCGUUGAAUCUGGUAUACAAGACGAGCUCGAUUGCCAGUUUGUAUGUAGGAUCUGAUAUCAACAGCUUUGCCAACGGUUCUAUCAUCGCACAGUAUGACGUCAUAUUCAUGAUUCCAAAUGAUCCAACACCCAGGAUUGAUCCAUCCAUUAUUGCCAGUGCAUUCAUGGAAUCACUUAGAAGUGCAAUGGAGAUGGGGACUCUCAACAUCACCAUCGAUGAAUCUUCUGUCACUGUCAUUGAUUUUGAUGAAUGUGGGUCACGCCGUGACAAUGACUGUGAUGACAAUGCCUUCUGCAUCAACACUGAGGGAUCAUUUACCUGCCGAUGUCUUGAAGGUUUCAUCGAUUUGUCGUCAAAUGUCCGUGAUCGACCUGGCAGAGAAUGCUAUCGGGAUAUGAUGUCACCAAGUCCUACAGUAACUUACAGACCAACAACAGACUUCUUUGAGGAAACAACCAUUUCUGCAGAAGUGACAACUCUAGACUCAGAAUAUACAACGAUACCAGAUUUGACAACAAAGAAGCCACAGCCAACUGAUACAGAGCGGCCGAAUGAGAUUACAACAGAUGGGAUUGAUAUUUUCACUACACAAAAAUCGCCAGUGACAACCAUCCAGACAACUCUUCGACCCGAACGAAGUACAAUCCAGACUACAAAAGCAACAACAAAAGAGGUCACACGAAUGGAAACGACUUUCUAUAUCAAUAUCGAAACAACUGAUUUAACAGAUUUUGAAGCUACUACUCAACCUUCGCAAACACCAGAAAUGACGACUGAAGGAAAGAUGACAACCGUUUUAGUUACAACGCCACAGAAAGGAAAACCGACAACUGAAAGAGACGUGAUCACAACCAGACCCGAGACCACAACAGAACUUACUACAAUUGAGGAAGACCAAGGAACUACUCAAAGGUCUACAACACAAGCUACCCCCUCUGCCAAAAUGACAACUGAAGAGGGAAUUGAGAGGCAAACAACUGACGGUCUAUUCAAGACAACAGACUCUGCCACUACACAAACUCGAACCACGCAAGAAGUGUCACUCUUGCCACAGGUCACAACACAAAUUGUCUCAACUGACAAGGUUCAGACUACACGUCAAUCUGCAACAACAGAGAGCCAAAUGUCAACAUCUUUUGUGGACACAACGAAGGCGCCAACCACACUCUCUGAAACAACGAAGUCAGCAACUACUCUCUCUGAAACAACGAAGGCAGCAACUACUCUCUCUGGAACAACAAAAGUAGCAACUACUCUCUCUGCAUCCACAACUAAAACUUCAGUUGAAACUACAGCAGAUGUAACAACUGAGUCAAAGUCGACCGAUGGAACGACAAAAGGUACCACCACAACACUUGUCACAACAGGAGCUCAGACGAAGGAAUUCACAACUCCAGUAGAUCCAUGUUCUUUGAAUCCAUGUGUAUCAGAUGUUAAUACUGAUUGCAUCACGUCAGGAGAUUCAUUCAUUUGUGAAUGUCAAGCUGGAUACACUAGGGAUGUUAAUAACACUUGCAUAUCCAUCCAGCAGUUCACAGCAAUGAUUCGAAUCACUGAGGUAAAUGGCGGAACGGCUAAUUUCACAGAAGAUCUGCAGAAUACAACAUCACUUGCUUUCCAGACUCUAGCUGCUGACAUUGAAAACACGUUGGAUAUGAUCUACAUGAUGAGCGCACUGUCUGAUACCUAUCUUGGUGUUACCAUUAACGGAUUCAGUGAAGGUUCCAUCAUUGUUGACUACACUGUAAACUUCAAGACUGAAGACCCUGUCAUGAACGUGACCAGUAAUUCCACAUCUCCGUCAUCUACCUUCAUCAACUCGACCUUGGUUAUGACUGCCUUUAUGGACUCGUUGUCGAUGGCAAUGGAGAUGGGAAACAUCGAUGUGACAAUUGAUGAAGCGUCAAUUAUGGUAACAGAUUUUGACGAGUGUGUAUCUUCAACGGACAACAAUUGUGACAAUGAUGCGUCAUGCAUCAACAUACAAGGAUCAUUCACCUGCGAGUGUAAUAUUGGAUUUAUCGAUCAGUCUCCAGCCCUACCUGACAAACCUGGCAGAUUAUGUGUUGCACCAACAACGCCUAGCGUUACUACGGCAAACCGCAAUAUGACUACGUCCACAACACCACGCCUUCCUACCACCACUCACACAACUCCGCGUCCAUCUACCACUCUUGGUGAUCCAUGUUCAUCGGAUCCAUGUGCCAGCGUGUACCAUUCAAUAUGUGUGGUAGUUGGUACAAGUUACAGGUGCAUCUGUCGUCCUGGAUUCGCUCUCAAUAACCAAGGCCGAUGUAGACCUGUCAACCAGUUCUUUGGUAGCUGUAGAAUUACUCGAUUCCGAGGAGUAAAGGCAGCCUUCACCCUAUCUUUAUCCAGCAGCAGUACCCAGGAGUUCGUAGCUCUUGCAGCAGACAUUAAGGAAACGCUGAGGCUUAUCUACGAGCGCAGUGCUGUUGCUAGUCGUUACAUCAACAUUGUGGUUGAUGCAUUUCAUAAUGGAUCUAUUGUGGUCGAUUACCGGGUUGAAUUGGAGGAUGAAAACACCACGUUGGCGAACUCAUCAAGGGUUUCGGCAGCAUUCACCCAAUCACUUGGAGAGUCGGUACAGAACGGAAUUGUGGAUAUCGAGAUCGAUGAAGAUUCUAUCAUCGUCAAUGAUUACAACGAAUGUCUUUCAUCCGAUGACAAUGAUUGUGCAACUAAUGCUGAAUGUAUCAAUACAGAAGGAUCAUUCACAUGUCGUUGUAAUGAUGAAUUAAUUGAUACGUCACCAGAUCCUAACAGAGAACCUGGAAGAAGCUGCAGAGAGCCUGGUCCUUGUCCGACAGACCUUCCUAAUACCUGUUCAACUGGAGCAGUCUGCAUGGAACAUGCUAUCGAGGGGUAUGUGUGCCAAUGUAUGAAUGGAUAUGUAGAUGUCUCGCCGUUCCCUUCACUGCCAGGAAGAAUCUGCCAAGAGAAUUGUCCGGAUGGGUACUGCCAAAAUGGAGGAACCUGCUCAUCAUCAGAGAAUGGAUCUGAAUGCAACUGUGCAAGAGGGUAUUCCGGACCACAGUGUGAAAUCGGACCUUCAGGUGACCUCCAUGCACUUGAGAUCCUUGGUAUCGCACUGGGAGCCAUCAUCUUCAUCGUCCUCAUGGUUGUCCUGACAGUCUUCUGUUGUGCCAUCAGAAGACAGCAAUCCCGCUACCGAGACUCUUCAAAGCGUCGUGGUAAUCAUGCCAAGUCUCGACCCCGUUUCUUCCAUGAUCCAGACUGGGACCCAAUAGAUGAGCGAAGCGAGGAUUCACUGUCGAACGCAGCCUAUGAUGUGGCAGCGAGUACCAGCGCGAUGAUGAUGGAGGAUGAAGAAAGAAGCCAAAGGAUUGUUGGUGCUAUGGGUCAACAAAUUCCUGAAUUUGAAUCUUCAAUCCACCGAAUCAGUAACCAGCCAGUGUACUACGCUGGUCACCAUCCUCGAUUAGUUGACAUGGGUGCCACUGAAUUCAGAACACCAUACGUUGCUUCUGGUGAUGAGGUCGGCUACAUGGAUUCUCGUUAUGUGCCUGGUCGGCAUUCACCCCAAAUUUCAUCCAGUGUUGCAAGGAACCCACAUGCAAUAGCGCCAACUAUUGACAGGGGAAGAAAGCCAAGACAUUUUGAAGGAUCCAGUACCAAUGAUGCCCCACCACCCCCUGCACCUCCCAGGCCUGGACCAGCAGAAGUGGAAGCACGGUUAAGAAAACAGGAGAGAGCUGGAAAAAGUGUUAGUGUUAACCUUGUUCCAAUAAUUGACCCAAUGGAAUCUCCUUAACAUUUUACAUUCUUACAAAACCUUCUUUAUAGCAAAUUUAAUUCAUUUGUGAUGACUAAUCAUAGUUUAUGUAUUCUAGAAAAUUAUUGCAAACUUUUGGUGUAAUCAAAAUCUACAGACUUUUAGGGAAACAUCAAGUUUCCUACAGAAAAUGUGCCUCAGUUGAUUACUUUGAAUUACAACUUGGAAGUACUAUAAUCUCAAUUUCUACUAUUUUGUCCAAGAUUAAAUAGCUCCACAUGUUAAUAUUCCUCGUACAAUACUAGUCACAUUAAAAUGUAGUAGCUUAAGAUAUAUUUGUCUUUCAUAAAUAAGCUUAAGAAAUGGAAGUAACUUUAACCUAGAAAAUGAAAAUUAUAGUUAUGAUUUACAUUAUGUUUCUAAUAUAUAGUGGAAAUACAAACAUACAGUACUUGCUUAUUUUUACUUUUUUUUAUAAAGUUGCUGUAAGGAAUGCACUAAAGAAUUUACCAUGUUCCAGAAUUUUUUAUUUAUUAUAUCUUUAUGGUUCACUCUUUUAAAGCAAAUGAUUGUAUUCAACUCCAAAUUUAGAAUAGAAUAGAAAUAUAACACUAUAUGCAGCUCAAUUAUUGAAGGGUUGUGUUUACAAUAUUUAACAUUCUAUAUUUUGAAAGAUUUUUUAUAUUCACUUGCUUAUCAAUUAGGUUAAGUGAGAUUUUAAUUAACGUAACUAUUUUUUAAAUGAAAUACAUGUAUGAUAUUAAUUGAGAUGUAUAAUUCAUUUUGGAAUUUCAAAUUAGUAACUUAAACUGACUGUGGAUAUCUUUCUUCAAAUUCAUAUUGAUAAAUUAUUUGAUAAUGAUAAUGAAAAAAGAAUAUGCAACUGUCCUAAUAUGUCCUUUACAAUUUUUGGUAGUACUCAUAAUAUCACAGAAGGGCCUGAAUUCACUAAGGUUUUUUUUCAAUUGUACCAUGGUACAAAACCAUGGACUAUGCAAACACUGUGUAUAUUAUUACGCUUUUUAUCACAUACACUUUAAAAUUCCAAAUUACAAAUAUGCGCUUUAUGCAUAGGGCACUAAAUCCAUGCUUAAUGAAGCACAAUAAUACAAGAAAUCUGCAUAGUGUACCAUGGCACAAUUCAAAGCACCUUCGUAAGUGCAGGCCAUUAUGUUUAAACACUAAUUAUCUGUCUAAAUGUUGAUAUUCAUAUUUUUAUUACUAUAAUGAAUAAUAAAAUUCAAGCAGAAUAGAAUAAUUGUUAUGUACUGAAUUUACUGCAACAAAUUGUCUUUUACCCUCCUCCCUCUCACUUUCUUUCACACCCUCACUUUCUCUUCCCCAUCACUUUCUUUCUCUCUCCAUCUCAAUCUGCAUUUUAUACUCUUCCCCUCACUCACACACACAUGCACACACAUACCCACCUUACCUCUUCUCAUCAUAAUUACAUUAUAUGCAACCAGGGUGGGGAAGGGGAGGGGCUGGCACUAACCCAUCAAACCAGAAAACUUGAAAAAAGAUAUAUCAUUUUUUUCUUGUCAAGACACUAUAUGCAUAUGGUAUUCUUUGGGUGUCAAAAUUGAAAAAAAUGUGAUGUUUCUGGUCCAAGAGCAAAGUCAUCCUUAUUGCUGGUAAUAUCAUUUCCUCAAAGUUGAUUUAUUUCAUUGAGGAUUUGUGGGAUUUGGAAUUCUUUGAAUAAGGACAUGUAUCAUAGGGUUUUAGAUAAAAAGCAUGAAAUUGUGAUUUUGACAAAUAGAAUAGACUGGGUUGGGUUUUCAUUUGUCUUUUUUCAAGCCUGUACUGUACAGUUGGUAAAUUGACUACUCCCACCUGGUAAACAACAUCCACAAAUAAGUGAAGCCACACAAACCUGUACAAAUUCAUAUUUUUCACAAAAUUUAAUGAAAUUCCAAUGGAAAAUCUCAUUUAGGACAUGGUAUAAACCAACAAUAAAUACUUAGGAAAAACAAAAGUACAGUACUUUCAAAUUCAAAAUGCUAGUACCAACAGAAUAGUUCACUUUAAUAAUACAUAGGUGGUACUGCUCUGCAUCGAAGUCACUAUGAUAAUCCAAGGCUUCAAGGAAACGAUACUUUCUGUUUGAGAGCAAAAAAAAAAAAAGAUACAUGAAAUCAUGACUGAAUGUUUUGGUUUGGUCAACAAGGGACAUUGCCACUUCUCAUCCUUAUAUUUUUAAUUUCAUUUCUGAAUUUAUUCAUCCAUUCAUAUCAAUGUGAAAAUGUUUUCUUUAGAAAAUUGAAAUACAUAUCUCCAACAAAGAUGGGCAAUGAUCGAUUGAUAGAUUGAAAUAUUCAAAGUCAUAUUUCAAUUACAUAAUCCCAAACGAUUUAACUUAACCAAAACAUACCCUUUACCUUUGAGGACCAAAUCCAUUCUUCUCAAACAAAAAAGACCAAGAGAGAAGCCUUUAAAAAAGAAUGAAUUUGUUAUUCUAAAAAAAAGAUCAAACUAGUCCAAUAUUUUGACAGCCCUCGAUUGUGACUUUCUAUCUUCUUGUAAUCAUCCAAUCUAUCUGCACGUAUUAAUAUAUGAACAAAAAAUAUUUCAAAUUAUUCACAUCCACCUGAUUGUUAUCUUUGCCUUUCAAAAUAAGGUAAAUGUGGACAAAUAAUGGGAUAAUGAAAAAAAUGUAUCAAAUUAAUAAAGAAUUGAAAAGCAUUAUCACACAUUGAACACUUUAAGGUAAUCACUAAAAUGUAUAAAUUAUGACCAAAAUUACAAUAUAUACUAAAUACUUACGAUUAUCAUGAUAAUUAUAUAUACCGUAUGUACAAACAAUAUUCAUCAUUGUCAUCUAUAUUUUAUCCAAAACAGGCACUUCUUAAACCAAACAAAGCAAGUUUGGUUUGAUACUCAAGGUAAAAAUGUUUACUCUUUUUUUCUACUCAACAAAAAAAAAAUGAUUUGCAAGACUCAGCAGCAUUUGAACUGAGAUAAUAAAGUUUUGAAAAGAGAGUACCCAAUUCCAUAACAUUUCAAGUUAUGCAGUAUGUUUCUUUCAAACCCUUUCAAACUAGACUAAGACACCUGAUGUGGUGGGGGGGGGGGAAAUCACCCCAUUUCUAGGUCAAUUGGAAGGAAAUUAUCAGUAAAUCCAUUUUCCCUCUUCUAAACCCAUAGUUACUAUUUUUUUGGGGGGGUACUCCUCUUAUUUACUAUUUUGAAAAGAUCAAGGAUAAAGGUGCAUGUUUGCAUUAUUUUGAGAUAUCGUGCCCAUCAAAUGUACAUCAUCUAGUCUGAUGUGUAAGGAAUGGUUGUGAGAUACUAGGUUACAAUGGACUUAAAAAGCAUACAAAAACAGAGAAAAUAACAUCACAUCAUCAUCAUUCUUCUACCAUUUCAACAAAAAUCUGUUAAAAAAUCAUGAAUAAUUUUAGCCUAGAAGGGAGAGCUACUGUCAAUAUUUUCAUGGCUUAUAUAAAAAAGUAUUGAAAUGAACUUUCAUACAAUUUACCUAUCUGGUACAGUUAAGUAAAACCUAGAAGUUCAAAACAGAAUUUUCUUUCAUUAGCAAUUCCUUUACGAUGUACUAAAAUUUGAAUCUUAAUCAACAUGGCUUUCUUGGGAAAAAAAAGGACAAUCAGAGAUAUGCAUAUCAGCCACUAUCACUCUUAAACAAAACUCUCUUUGGUUGGUUUGUUGAGAAAGGAAACUAAGCUAUUAUCAGCAAAGAAUAAAAAAGGAUUUACUAGAAAUAAUGAUAAAUCUAAGACUUUUGUCUCAGUAAACUUACCCUGCUGUUUCAGAUAUCAACACAAGAUUCAUAGAUCAAUAUUUACAGAACAAGACCAGUUUAUGUUAUGUAACAAAAACAUUACAUCAGCUCAUGUCAUCAAAAAAAAACUUUACAAUCUAGCACUUUCUGGUUUUACAAGUAUGGAUGGUAAAACUUUUUUCUUUCCAAUAAAAAGUAUAUAGGUCACUUGACUUUUCCUCUGCUCACAUAAAAAAAAUUAAAUAUUUUUUUUACAAUUCGUAGCAAAAAACUGCACCAUGUUUCAUAAUGAUAAAGUAUCUCUACAUAUAAUAACUUAGCCAGAUUUUCUUUUUUCUAGGCAAGUCUGUUGGCGGCUACACUAAUCUGGCUGUGAAAAAAAGGACAAUUUGGUGCAUAACAUCCACAAAGACAUCUGCGUGACCACUCAAUGUGCCCAAGUGUUUUGGUGUUAAUAAUCAUAAUAAAUGGUGUGUAUGUGUAGCUCUUGACAAGACCUGUGCAUUAAUUAAAUGACUAUUGUGAAUAUGUGCAAGUAUGCCUAAAAAUGUAUUUUGGAAUAGAUGUUCACAUUUUGAUUUAGAACAAAAACACAGUAUCAAUCAACUCUGCUUUAAUGAAAAUGCUUUAAGUGUAAUUUAAACAUUGCAGUAAAAGGAAAUCUUCACAAAUUAUUCUAGUUCUCCACAUAUCUUUUCAUUGUUGUGAUAAUGGAGAAUUGUUGUCAUCAAAACAGAAACUUGAUUUCUUUUGAUAAUCCCCAGGCAUUAGCUGGUGUUCUUUCCCUUUUUUGAGUGUUUUUUAAUUUGAUAUUGUAUAUUGGAUAUUGUAUGAUGAUUAUUUUCAAUGUAAUGAAUUGACUAUUGUUAUGAGUAUAGUGUGUACCUGAAAAUGAAAUCAAAUAAAUAAAAUAAAAUGUGUAAAACCCACUUCAAAAAGGUAGUAAAGUGAUUAAAUGCAUUUGGUGCCAUAUCUCAACUUUUCACAUUGAUUUCCAACAGAUGGCAGCAAUGAUAGAGAAAGAAAUUGCAUUGUUUCAACAGAAGAAACCCUCUCUGAAACAUUCAUCAGUGUCAUUGACUGGCCUUUUCAGUCCUUGUCAAUUAAGUGCCAAAUACCUUGUGCAAAUAAAGGAUCAAAUAUAUACUACCAUUGUGCUCUUGGUGACUGAAGUACAAGCAGUACAGAAUAUAAUGUUCAAAAUAUUGAGAAAACUGGAAUGGGACAAUGCAUUUCAAUAGUGCAGGUAAAGGUUGAUAAUUGUAAGUGAUUGACAAACAAGUGAUUAGUGAGAAAUUUAGAACUAAAUUGGUGUCUCUGUGUGCUUUUAAAAGAUUUAAUAAAAUAUUACACCCAAGCACACACUUAAGUUUUCAAAAUGUAUCUGUGAUUUGCAAGUACUGGUCAAUAU